CGGUGAGACGAUUCCUCCUGUGGCAUCCAUGACCUUCACUGCUCUUAGGCAAUGCCUAGAUAGGGGCAGAAGCUCGAAGGACGAGAACUUCGGGGCGUUUAUGCGCAACCGGCGAAUACCGUGGCCGCUUUCCGCGGUUACUUCCGGCCAGAGCGCCGUGCCAUCUGACGUGCUCGACGUUCUGUUGGACCUCGCCGUCAACUGGAGGGUGGCCCUGUGGUUCGACGUCACCGUGUCGUCAGCUUUGGCGCACGACGUCGCCCCCGUCGUAAUCAUCGGCGAACGCGGCGACGUUCCCGCGCUUCUCGUGGAGCAAUUGGAGAAGCUCGACGACGCGGCUUACGACGACGUCGCUAGGAAAUUGUCCGGGUUUCUGAGCAGUGGCCGAGUCACCCUGGAUGGCGUGGCGCUCCAAGAACUGCGCCGCGACGAAGCAGCCUUCAGGAAGGUCCUGCUUGGCGGAGACGACGAAGACGAACCGUUCGACGACCUCGUCCCGCUGAGCUACGUCACCGCCGUCUUCGGCAACGGUGCGUCUUCGGCCGAGUGGGCGAGACUUUUGAACAAACACUUGAACAGCGCCGUCAACAUUUCCACCGACGCGAAGCUGCUUAUAAUGAACGAGCCGCGAUUUGCGAAGAUCGGUGGCCUGGUAGACUCGAUGCCGACGUCCAGAAUCCUUAACGUCGUUGGGUGGACGUUCGCUUACUCGUACGCCUGGAUCGUGAACACCGACUUCGACUUCCUGUCGUCGAGUACCGAAGGCCUCUCGGAGUACAUUCAGUGCUUCGUUGUGGUGCAGGAGUCGUUCGGGAUUGCACAGGCGAUUUCCCUCUACAGGAGCGCGUUCAGCCCGUACGAAAGGCAAGGCGUGAACGCCGCGCUCAGCUGGAUGGCGCUUGCCCUGCUCAGAUCCCUGCGGGGCUCGCCGAGAAUCACAAAAUCGACGAAGACGGAAGCACAGAGCAAGAUCUACUCGCUGGCUUCGUCGCGACAACUGUGGCCGCCCGAGCCUGACUUGCAAGGAGGCACGAUAUACGCGAACUUCUCCAGGGCUGCCAAGAAUUUCUUCGAGACGUGGCUCGAGUCCAGGAAGGCCCUGAGGGCGACGCUGGCCACCCCGUAUUAUGACAGCCUAAUGAUGUCCAGGUAUCGCUGGCCCUCGGGAAGCGUACUCUACCUAUACGCAUUGAACGAGCUUCGCCUCAGCCUGACCGCCCUGUUCCCGCCGUCAUACCGGCACGGUGGAUCGGCCGUCAUGACGUACGCAGGCCUCGGGUUCAACUUUGCCAGGCAGGCACUGCGUUCAGUGGACCUGCGUCGACGCGCGCUGGACGCAGCAGGCCGCGACACCUCGUGGUGGCAGCCGGGCAAGCCGGGAGAAAGCCCCUGCAGGUUGGACGUUGCCGGGUCUGUCGCCGAGCGCCGCUGGGUCGCCGACCUCUUCACCCUCGAUGUGGCGUUGGCCGCCAUGGAGCUCAGCUCGGAGGGGAACCCGAACAAGCGACCCCUGCGGCUCAAGUCGCUCGAGUCACUCACGGCCUCGCAGACUUUCUACGUCAGCUACUGCAGCCACUACUGUGCAGAGCCCGACGGCCGACGACGGUGCAACCUGGCCAUGAACGGCUCCGAGUUCGGCACAUCGUUCGACUGUCACCCUGAGCAGCCAACACCACAGACCUGUGUUUUCGUCUAGAACAGAAAUCGGUGUUGUCCGGUUCAUCGAAUUCGCUGUUGUGGUGUCUUUUGCCGUUGAUUUGUCGUAGGUUGGUGAGACUUAUAGUGCAUCGCUGAAUAAUCGGGUAGCUUAAUAUAACGGUUUUUUUCACGUGAUUGAGCCAAGUUUAAUUAUCGUCGCGGCCGAUAUAAUCGUGACGGCUGACACAGAGUUAGCAAUAGCAAAGUGGCAUUUUUUUUUUUUGUCAGUGGUUGAACCGAGUCACUGGGGCAAACAUAACAUAAGGUUAUGCAGUACGCAGUUAUGCAGUCGCAGUGGUUAUGCAGUUGCAGUACGCCUUCGGCGCUCUGUCGGUGUCACGGUCGCAAGCGACGAGAGGCGAUGUCCACAGGAUGUUUUGCGUAUGCCGCGCCCAGCUAUGAACAAGAGCUUAAGUAUAACCCGCAAAUCAAUACUUCACAAUACAUCGAAGUCGAAGUAACGACGAGUCAGUAUUCAUUGGUCUGCGGCCGCUAAAGCAGUGUCGACCUAGGCAACCCUUUCGACGACUGUUCCUGUGUCUGGGGAAGCGAUAUCGCUCGAGCUUUUGUCGAGUCCGUAUCCGGUCACAGUGUGGUGAACAUAGCGCGAACAUUUGCCUAGUUCUCGUGUAGCGGGCACCACAAUAAUUACUACUUUUUGCUGGGCGCUAACUUACCUGUGGGGUAAAAUACACUCGAAACUACAUUUCCAUUUUUUUUUACAUCACGAGAAAGAUAGACAAACUUUAUUGUUCCAGGCGGACAGCUGAAGUAUUCCAGUUAAACCAGUCGGACAGUCUGACUAGUUCAACUAGAAUACUUCAGGUGCCAAUUUGCUUACAACGGUGCCCAAGAUUACGGCUAAAGCUCUCGAACACAGCGCUGCAGGGCGCAAAGAAAGUUAACGCCACAGUAUUUGCGAAUAAUUGUCUCGGGCUGCAUAAUAUCUUUCUCAAUCGUGUGCCCGUCUUGGUAUACCUAUCUCGAGACCUGAGCCAGUAACACAAUAAAUAUUAGUUUAUUUUUCUUGAA